GUAAGCGUGUAAACGAGCUUUACAAGAAGAGUCGGAACCUCCUCAGAAGGUGGCACCUCAAGCCAGAAACCUAGUGACAGUACCUCUCUGCUUGUUCUUCUGCCUGCCCAUAAGCCCGAUACCAUGCUGCUGUCCUCGUGGCAAAACACGGACGCUAUCAUUGUUCUUCUCACUCUACCUUUUUACGCGUGUAUCUUUUUCCGUGACAAUUACAUUGACGAGGGGUUUGCGGUAACCAGGAACCAAGAUGUUGCCGACCUUUCGAAGUCAACUUGGUACGACGUGCUCAUCCACGACUUCUGGGGCCAGGAUCUCUGGCCGACGGACGGCAUCCACUGGACGCACAAGAGUUACCGACCGCUGAUCACGUACAGCUUUCGAUUGUCGUAUUGCCUCUUCCCAGACGACCCGUUACCGAGUUUGCGGUUUAUCAACUGUUUGAUCCACACGCUCACGUGUUUGGUCGUGAAGCGAUGCUGGUUCUUCCGGCACAACGUCUUCGCGGCGUACCUCUUCGCCGUCCACCCCGUGCACGUGGAGAACAUAGUCUACCUCGUGGGCCGAGCGGAUUCGGCCGCAACGCUGUUCUUCGUGCUCGGUGCGGACUCAGAAAACUUUCUCCGGGUAGCGGUGUGCACCGUGCUCAGUGGGCUGUGCAAGGAAACAGGUAUUAUUAGAGGAGUUUCAGGACAGAAGCUUCCAGAGUUACUUUGUCUACCUUGUCUUUGCAUGAGCCUCUGUCAUGCACUACAACUCGAACCAAACCACUACAGGUUUCACCCUUCCGAUUCUCGUCGCCUUCCUGUGUCUGGUGCAGAAAAAAUGGUUCCGUGGAAUUGGUUUCCUCGGUCUUUUUCUCGUCGUCUUCGCUCUCCGGUCCGCUUAUGUCCAGGGCACCCACGCGGACUUUGGGUACGUCGAUACGCCGGUCCGGUACCAAGACGACAUUCAGGUCAGGUUUUGGAGCUACUUGCUGCACCACCAAAUCUACGGGCAACUUCUCAUCUUUCCCUGGAACCUCAGUUGGGACUACAGCUACGACAGUCUACCGUUGCUAUUUCAGAAGCAAUGGGACCUGCGGGUAAUGGGGAUCCUUUCUGCCUACGCUUUCCUCGUCGGCAUGUUCUUUCGGGUGAUACCCAGAAGGACGCCCGAAGUGGAGGGGGAUGUCUUGAAGAGGAGAAGGGCGAGAAAAUACGGCGAUUUGCUCUACAAUUGUAGCACACCUUCAUCAUCCACUGCGUCCGCGGCCGAGUCUGGAGGAGAGGGGGACGGGAGUAGUACGGCAGCAGAAGGAACAAAUACCCCUCCCCUGCUAACUGCAAACCAGCAAGUCGCCCUGAUGGUGCAGAACGAAAACAUCGUGACUGACUACUUCGCUGCCGCGAUGAUAGUAGUGCCCUUCGUUCCCGCAAGUAAUCUUUUUUUCCUGGUCGGAACAACGAUAGGGGAACGACUCCUCUACCCAAUCACAGUGGGCAGCUGCUUGCUGGUCGUCCGCCUGCUUUCGCCAGAAAACCUCGCGCCGCUGCUCUUGCGGAGGAUUUUGACAGCGACUCUUGGCCGCGGGUUACCGCAACGAAUCGCAAACAGUGGCGAAGGCCGAAGGCCAGUGAAACCAACCUCGCACGUGGUCGGGCAUUCGGUUUCGGUGCUCUGCUUCGCGAAGGUGGUGUAUUUGGUGUACUUCAUGUACGUCGCGUACAUCCGGACAACCCACUGGCGCAGCAAGGAGGUACUGUUCGAGAAGGACGCGAAGGCCUCGAAGUGGCAGCCGCGCAGUGCGAAGGUGUUGCACCAAUUCGCGGUUUUGCUGCAGGCGCGAGGAGACCACGAUCUGGCGCUGGAUUACUACCAAAAAGCAUUGGACGUAUUUGACGACAACGCCAUGUCUGAUUACUGCAUGGCCAGGAUACACCUAGAGAAAGGCGACUGCGAAUCCGGGCUGAAAAUUUUCAUCAAGAUCAAUAACGGUACAAUGACAUCUAUCACGUACUCAGAGACACUGUUUGACGAUUUUUGGGCGCUUACAGUGAUGUUAAUUGAUUAGGUCGAAGUGAUGUAUGUGAUAGUGAUUCAUGUUGCACUCAAAUUCGAAAAUUCCCUCCAGGUCACGGCAUUGGCUUUGGCGACCACAAUCAGUUUCUCCUCAACAAUGAUUUUGGAUACGCCCUCUCCUGCGUAGGUGCCUACGACGAAGCGGUGCCCAUACUAGAAGAGGCGUUACAGCUGAUGAAUCCUAACUUCGCAUACGUGUACAAUUCCCUGGCGCUCGGGAUUUUCCAUCUGGCUACCUCUUCACCGGACAAACUCCCUCAAGGCGGCCAAACGGGUCUGCAGCGGGUGGUAGACUUGCUGCAGCAAGCUUUGUCACUACAUCCGGACGAAUUUACACUUUGGUUCAACUUGGGCGUGGUGUUGCUCAAGGGAAAUGUUGUGCAGGAGGCGCAGAAUUCCUUUGUGGAGGCAGAGAAGAAAGUAAAAACUGUUUUUGAGUACCAAACGCUGGUGGACGCGGUUCAGAAGAUGAAGGAUGGGAAACAUCAGGAACUACAGCUUUUGUGGUUGAAGGUGCCGGUGGCAAAGGGCUGACAGCAUUUUGGAAAUCCACAGAUGCAAGCAAACGCGAUCUCGAAGUUACUAAAUUGAAUUGUAAUUUAUCCUGAGGAAGAGCAACAUAACAAGGAAGGUGUCCUGAAGGGUGCGCGACAUACAUAUUGUUGGCACUUAAUUACGGUCGAGACCACAUUAGGGAAGAAGUCCAGAAAUUAGGACUUAUCUGUUCAAUGAGUAACAUUUUUGAACUGGCGGAAGCCGAACAAGA